AUGGCCAAUUUCUAUGUCAUCUUGAUUGCCCUCGUUGUGGCCCUUGGGGGCUUCGUGUACGGUGUGGAUUCAGGAAUCAUCGCAACCACUCUUAACCAUGAUACAUUCAAGCAUUGCAUGCUUGGCCCAACCGGGGUGAAUGCCCCUUUGACAGGUGCUAUCGUCUCUCUGUAUAAUGUUGGUCAGGCGGUGGGCACGUUCGCCGCAGGAUACUCGGCCAACAGAUUUAGCAGACGGCGGACAAUCUGCGCCAGUGCUGUGAUUGCUAUACUCGGCGCCACCCUACAGUGCGCAGCUGUUAAUCCUGGAAUGAUGAUUGCAGGCCGCUUAUUUGCGGGAAUGGGUUGUGGUAUCAUCCUCACCAUCGUGCCGAUCUACAUCGCCGAGGUCUCUCCUCCCAAACAACGCGGCAUGAUCGUGGGCUUGCAGGGAUUUAUGAUUGCGAUUGGGUUCUUUGCAGCGAACUGGAUCGGUUACGGAGGUGCAUAUGCGAAGGGAGAUGCCCAAUGGAGAAUACCCCUUGCCAUGCAAAUCCCAGGGCCUCUGGCAUUGGCAAUCGGAUGUUGUUUUGUCCCAUAUAGUCCGAGAUGGCUGAUUCAGCAGGAACGAUACGAGGAAGCCCGCGUUGUUCUAACUGCCAUACACGGAAACAGCCAUGAUAAUGAUGAUGUAGUUGGACAGGAACUAGCCCACAUUCGAGCGCAAAUCCAUGUCGAAGCCACUCAGGUCGCCAGCUUCAGGCUUGCCGUCACCAACCUGCUCUCUCGCCGAUACCUCCACCGCACCCUGAUGGCCUGUUUCAUCCUCGUCAUGGGCCAAUUCAGCGGCUCGUCUGUCAUCCAGAACUAUCAAGGUAGCUUUUAUGCAGCUGUCGGGUUUACUGGCAAAACAUCGCUCCUGAUCAGUGGUAUUUACGGACUCAUGGGUGUCUUGGGCCAGGAAAUCUACCUAUUCAUCGCUGCGGAUAAAUGGCCGCGAACUCGCACACUGUGGGUCGGAUCUGUCUUCCUCUCGAUCAUGAUCGCCAUUUGCAUGGCGCUAUCUGCCUCAUACGGGAGCGCGAGCAGUGGCAACAUCAGUGGUUCCCGCGCCGCAAUUGCCAUGAUCUUCCUAUAUUCUUGCGGAUAUGCUGUCUUCUUCAACGCCACUAUCUGGGUGGUGCCUUCUGAACUAUUUCCCUUCUUCCUGCGCUCGACGGGCAUGGGUCUAGCUGUGUUCUCCAAGGCAGUGGCGGCGAUUAUCCUGUCUCAAAUCACACCAACCGCCUUGCAAAAUGUCGGCUGGCGAUAUUACUCGCUCUUCAUUGCAAGCAACUUUGUGGCGGCGUUUGUGUAUUUCUUCUUGCUUCCUGAAACAGGUGGUAAGUCUUUGGAGGAGAUUGCGGAGUUGUUUGGAGACGCUCUCGCAUCGGAGCCUUCUCACAAAAUCAAUGCCGAGGAAGCCGUGCCUUCUAGGGAGCAAGCCGAGUUGGAGUCAAAGAAGCCCGAGCCAUCUCAUUUAGAGAAGAUUGUCUAG